AUGGUCGGCAAAGGGAGUGAGACCAAAAGUAGCAGAAUAUUUCACCAAUGUUACGUGAAGUGUUGCAAGUUACAGAACCUUACUCCUUUGACCAAUGUCAUACCUUCUGGCAAUGGCAAGGUGUUGGAUUUCUGCGUGGAUAGAAUCAAAUAUGCGGACUGGCCACCCAUUUUAAAUGCACUCAGCUGUGAUUUGAGCCUGCAUUCUGUUUCAAUAAAGUGUCGACAGCAAGUCAAAACGGUAUUAGAACAUAUAGACUGCGAGAGACUAGCAAAAACGGUGAACAAACGAAGUGUGAUACUCACAAACUUCAUGCUCAGUAAUUUAGUGGAGGCGACAGCACAACUACUUUCUAAUACCACACUGUUGACGACCUUACUAUUAGAAGGACUACCGCUGAGGAUACCAUAUUUAAAUCCUUUGUGUGAGGCUCUUUUAGCGAAUAGUUCUUUACAACAUCUACACUUACAACGAUGUCUUAUCGGGGAUGCCGGCUGCUUGGCUGUUUGCAAGUCUAUCAGGUGUCUACCAAACAUUCUGACGCUAGAUCUGUCAGGAUGCGAUCUGACGCCUUUAGGAGCUGGAUAUAUCGCGGAACUAGUUAAGUAUCAAAAGAUCCACAGAUACAGUGAGAACUGGUCACACACACUUCGGUAUCGACUGCCUGAACUAGACGCGAUGGCAGGAUUACGGAGAAUCACAUUGUGUGCCAACCCUCAGUUAGGAGACGUCGGUGUUUGCAAGUUACUUGACGUCCUUGCGGAUGAUUUGUGGAUCAAAGCAUUGGACGUUCAAAACUGCGGUAUAUCGGAGAAUACGUCGGCCGCAAUCCAACAGAUGAUGACGUCAAACAAGACUCUAGUAGUGUUAGAUAUAAGGAACAAUCCAGACGUGACCAGUGAAUCGCUGUCCAAAGUACGCUCGGUGCUUAGGGAUAACGAAAGGGGGAUGGAAGGGAAGUUUUCAUGGCUUGCUAGCAGUGGAUCUUCUAGUGAAAAGUUCAUGAAAUCCGUGACAUCCAAAAAUGGAGUAUCCCGAGAUCGAGCGCCGGGAUCGAACGCGAGAUCUACAAACGUUAAGUAUGCAACGAAGACAAACUUAACGAAAAAAGACAAAGAUUAUGCAGAAGUAUUAGAAGAGCAGCUACAAGAAGAAAUUUCACACCGGCAGCAGCUUGAAGAGCUGAAUUUACAAUUAGUAGACCAAAUGAAGCAGCUCAAACAGCAGCAAAUACGACUGUGGGCCAACUGUGCGGCGUCGUCAGGUUCAGAACAUUCAUUCGAAGCCAGUGCGAGAUCAGGAGACUUAUCAAGCAGCUCAGGCUCGUCUAGUUCAGUGCCAAUAGAUCAGACGACACUCUCCUACAUACAGCAGGCAUUCAAGGAUAUAUACGCGUUCAUAAAGAAUAAUCAGUGCUACGGGUUAGUGCCUAACGGACAAUGUCUUCACGAAACGUCGAAACAGAAUACACCAGAGGAACAUCCAACAGAGGAAAUCACGGAAGUGGAAGAGGCACAGUAUAGCGAUAGACACGUAAACAUAAUUCCAAAGAGAGCGCAAAGCUCGCACCAGAAGAUAGUCAACGACAAAAUGAAGGUCAACAAGAUGACAAAGUCCGCGCAUCUAUUGGGAGACUCGCAGCGAAGGGACGCCGUUGAAAUGAAACCAGAAAUGAUUGAAAGACAAAUAGGCGACACAAGAGACGCGCACUGCGAGGAAACAAACACAUUGGAGGACAUGAUUUCGGUGCAAACGAAGCCUAAUAAAAAACACAUAUACGGGCAGAGUAGCCCCUGUAGUAGCGUGGCAAGCGAUUCGGAUACGCUGAUUUGUUCGCCACAGAUAACACAACGCUCCGUACAUCAGGCGACCGUCAUCAACCCGAGGGAGGCACUCUAUUCGUCCUCGUCCGAGGACAGCUCGUGA